AUGGCUCCCUACGAUUUCGUUCCAAAUGUGCAGUGUUCGUUCCCUGUGAAGUGCCACCCUCUGUAUUCUUUCAUUCGUCCACGCUUGGAAGAUUGGGCUGCAACUUUGGAGCCUGGGCAUGGUGAAGGGAACCCCAAAAGUAGGAAAUGCCUUGUUGCUGAGAAAAGAGUUCUAGCCACUUGCAUGUUGAUCCCUGUUGCUGAUGAUGCCAGAAUUGAGAAUAUGUGCAAGCUUGCCUGUUGGUGCUUCCAUGUUGAUGAUAUCCUUGACGACUUGCAGGGCCUGGGAGCUGACUCGGGAGAUAUGCCACUCAAGCAGUACCAGCGAUUUGCCAACAGAGUGUCCGAGCUGUUGGAGGCAAGCGUGAAUCAGGUGAAGCUAAGGAAUCUGAAAACGGUGAUGGGCUUGGAGGAGCUGCUGGCUCACCGUCGCGUGUUAGUUGGUGUAUUUGUUAUGGAAACUCUAAUGGAGUAUGGCAUGGGAUUCGAACUCCAGGACGACGCCAUUUCAAAUCAGGACCUCCAAGAGGCUGAAAGUCUGGUUGCAGACCACGUAAGUUGUGUCAACGACUUGUUUUGCUUCCUGGUGGACAGUGCAACUGGCGAUACUCAGUUCAAUAUCGUCCACACGAUCAUGUGCGGCAAUUCGGAUUCAAAGGGCUUUUCUUUCGAGUAUGCAGCCGACAAAGUUCACAAACUGGUGCAGAGUAUCGAGCAUCGAUUCAAGAAGCUGUGUGAGAAUAUCAGAAGAUCAAGCUGCUACAAUGGUGCAAUGGAGGCUUACCUGGAAGGCUUGUCUCAUAUUAUAUCCGGCAACCUUGAGUGGCACCGGCAGACAGGACGAUACAAACUGAAGCAGCUCUGGAAGACCCAAGUUCCUACAAUCAGCUGGUCCGUUGACCUAAUAGUGUUGAUGUUGUCCACAGGGAUAAGAAAACACAACCUGCUCUAUCUUUUGCCCUGUCAUGCAAUGGCUCCCGCCUCCAUCCUGAAUUCCCCAUCUCUGCCUUCUUCUAGCUGCGGUGGGUUGGUCGUGUUUUUCGAGCUCCUCUCAUAG